AGUACACCAACGUCUACGGCGUUGCCAUAACGUCAGUGCAAUGCCAGCGUGUCGUCGAUAGUGUAUGGGUAAUCUAAAUAAUACUAACGAAAAGCUUGGUCUUGGGUGUCAAGUAUAAUAUUUAAAUUGUGAAUACACAAGAAGUAUUAAAUAUGGCAACAUCGGGUAAGUUAUUUACAUCGACAGAACAGAGUGCUGGUGAUAUAGAACAGUCUGACCAUAUGAAAAACGAAGUCUUUGAUUCUGAAAAAGGCAGUGACCAUAUCCAAACUAGCGUUAACUCUAAACUCACUAAGGAUGAGGACACAAGCGUACCUGUUAUGGAAGAAAUUGGAGAAUUAGCUAAAGAUGCAACAAAUUUUCUACAGAAUAUGCUAAUACCCCAUUCUGGAUUGGAAGAACAGUCAAAAAAAGAUGCUUCAAAAAGUGUACCUGGCCCAUUACAAACAAGUGGUCUUCCAUUUAAUGACAUUGAACAUCUCUUAGAAGGACUUGUACUCUGCAGUGAUGAAGAGAAAACGAAUGAGAAAUCUAGAAGUGUUCACCUAAGGCAGCUUGAUGAAAUUGGGAAAAUGGCUGUGAUGUCCCACACGCUUGCAGCUUAUAUCUCAACAUUAGAUACACGAACUCUAAGAAAAGUAGUGACAAGAAUUUUGUCUGAUACGACUCUUUGGCUCUCAAGACUGUUCAGGUUGUUUGAGUUCUCUGCAUACUUUCAUGAUGAUGGAAGACAAGGUUUGUUAAAGGUUUGUCGGAUGGUGCUCUACGUAAAGUAUCCCAAGUAUGCUGCCGAUGGUUAUGAGGCUCUUUACACUCGACCUCCUGUCAUUUACAUCAGCGCUGCAGCAAGAAUAGGCCUUGGGCACUACUUGUGUUCUCAGUUAGGACUGCCACUCACCUGUCUCGUGACUGUACCAUGCAACACAGUGUUUGGAUCCCAGUUCAAAAUGGAUAUAGCGGCCUUGGAGAAACUCAUUCAGCAAGAUCUUGCAGCUCAACGUACACCCCUACUUAUUGUGGGCCAUGUUGGGACCCCUGUAGUUGGACAUGUAGACAACUUGCAGAGGCUUCAGGAAUUGUGUAAAACACAUGACAUGUGGUUGCAUAUCGAUGGCCAUGGUCUUGCUGGAUUGUGCCUCGUAUCAGUACCCAAUCUGCCAGCAAGGAUAGGAGACAGUGUUACCUUAGCCCUAGGCACUUGGUUAGGUGUUCCUUCCCUUUCCUAUAUUACCAUGUACAAAGCAGGAGAACCCACAUCAGUGCAUGCAGCUGGCCUAAGCUCCUUCAAUCUUCAUGGAAGACUCAGCUGUCUACCACUCUGGGUGACUCUUCAAGGCCUUGGCCACGAGGGUAUCGUACAGAGAAUACAACACUGCUUCACUCUGAGUGAAUAUUUCUUGGAGAAAUUAGAAAAGAUACCACGCUUGCAGAUACUAGGUAAGAAUCGACUGAAAUCAAAAGAUGGAAACUUCUAUACAGUGCAGGAUAUUGUUAGUAAAUCAGUCAGCACCACUCUCUUAUUUGAUAUACUUGCAUCUGUCAUCACCUUUCAGUAUGUCCCAGAAGAGAAAAGUCAAGAUCAAGAAGAACUUUCCCAGCUUGCUAAAAAUCCUGAUUAUUACAACAAUCUGAAUUCAUGGUUGGGGUUAGUGGUUCUACGAGACAUUCCAACAAUUCACCUUGAUAUUUUAGAUCUUGAACAACACGGUGUGGCUUUGCGGUUCUGCCCCCUUGAAUCUGCCCAUGUGACACAGAUGACAAAAGAAGAUAUUGAUGAGCUGUACAAUUGUCUUCAGCAACAAGUGGCAAUUUUAAAUGCCACAGUUCGUCAGAAAGACACCUUCACAAAACUCUUAGCAUGCCAUGAAAAUUUGCAGCUGGUAAAAAUAGCUAACUGGGCUGACCUUUGUGGUGUAAGGUUCAUAUCUGGACAGUUGGUGAGUUUAUUAAAUGAACUGACUGACAGAGGGAAAGAAGAAAUCAACAAAAUCAAUUCCAGCCUGGUCCAGAAACUGAAAAAUAGUGACUCUGCAUUUUCUCUAGGAGAAGGAGAUGAUGGGAUGUUGUGUGUGAGAUUUGGAAUGGUCACUGAUGAUCUAGACAUGGAAGACCUGGUCAAUUUGGUACUGUCCACUGGACAAGAAUUAGAAGAGUCAUCAAAGAGUGCACUGAAGUAUAUUCCAAUAGUUGGAUUAAUAAAGAUUUUCUUGGUUUUUCAGGGUGUACUGAAAUAUGUUCCAAUAGUAGGAAGUCUAAUUAAUUGGUGGCAGCCUUCACCAAAAGAAUCAGGAGUCAAAGGUCGCAGCUUUAAUCUUGCAUCCGGUGAGUGAUUAUAAAAUGAAGGUUUAAUCUAUAAAGUUUUUGGG